UUUCUAAUGGAGCAAAAACGGAAUUACUACAUCUUAAAACGAAAAUUUAACCCUACAAAAUUCACAUCUUAUCAUUAUUGACAAUUUGACAUGCAUAUUAUGAUACACUUACCAUGAAUAAUCAUAUUAUGAUAAUUUAAACUAAUAAAAUGAUAAUCAUUAUAACAACACUCCAAGUCCCAACACUCCCACAAUAUUUGACAUUGACAAUAAAUGACCCUAUCAAUCCUCCCAAAAUAUAACCCUCAACAUUCAUUUUCUUACUUUAAUCAUAGUAUCCACAAAAUAACAAAUAAAUAAAUAAAAUAUCCAAAAAAAAGUUAAUUGUCAAAAAUUUCUCCUUCAUCUUUUUGAACCUCAUUUCUUGGAAAAGAAAAAUAAAAAAGAAAGAAAGAAAAUAGUCUGAGAAGAUGGAAGCCGAAGGUUCAAUAUUUGAAACAACUGAAAUGGUGGCAAAUUUUUUAGCAUCAACAAACCUAUUACUUGAUUCAUGGAGAUUAUGCAACCAAGCUAACUCCCCUGCAUCCGGGCCUUUUCUUGUUCAACAUAACGGGCCAGUCGGGCUCAUUGCCUUCUCUGGCAUGCAUGAUCUCGGGUUAGGGUCGGGCUCAUACAUGAACGACAUGGUUGCCCUUCAAGAAGGUGAGAUUGGUGAGCUUUUCUCCGGGCUCGGCCGACAUGGGGAUGAUCAUGAUGAGGCUCCUGUUAUGGUUCAUGUUGGCCUUUUGCAGCUCUUCUUUGGCAUCUAUGGCUGCCCUAGUUUUCAAGCUCAGAUGAAAUCACUACUGGAGAAAAGCAAGUCAAUUAUACUGACAGGACAUUCUAUAGGAGGAGCAAUAGCAUCACUAACAACAUUAUGGCUACUUUCCUACAUUCAAACUAUUCCUUCACCUCCACAAAUCCUCUGUAUCACCUUUGGUUCACCCCUCUUAGGCAACAAAUCCCUCUCGAAAUCGCUCCUUCGACAAAGAUGGGCAGGAAACUUCUGUCAUGUUGUGCUUAAACAUGAUAUAAUUCCAAGGCUUCUCUUUGCACCCUUAGCUCCCAUCAACACUCAACUCCAUUGCUUGCUUAAGUUAAUUCAGUUGUCGAUAACAUCUCAAUCUGAGCAACUACCUUUUAAUGUAACUGGUGAAAUAAAGGAUCAGUUGUUUAGAUUUGUACUGGCUUAUACUGAGGCAGUAGCAAAAGAGACUGCAGAAAAUAUGGAAAUUCCUGCAGGGUUAUACUGGCCUUUUGGGAAUUAUUUGUUCUACUCAGAUGAAGGGACUGUCUGUGUUGACAAUGCUGAUGCUGUUGUUAAGUUGCUGUAUUUGAUGCUUGCAAUGGGGAGCUCAGGAUCGUGUUGCGAGGAUCACUUGAAGUAUGGUGGUUGUGUAGAGAGAAUGUCCUUUCAGUUUCUGAUGAGAAGAGGGUUUAUACAUGGAGAUGUUCCUGCGUCGAGCUAUGAUGCAGGGUUAAAGUUGGCAGUAGAGUCAUCAGGAUUAGCAAGUCAGGAAUCAGUUUCUAGACAGGCCGAAAACAGCUUUAAAAUGGUGAAGCAAACACGUUUGACUCCUAGUCUUAACAGUGCAAGACUUGCUAUAGCUCUUGCCAAAAUAACACCUCACAGAGCACAGAUAGAGUGGUAUAAAGCAUCCUGUGAUGAGUCGGAGAAUCAAAUGGGGUACUACGACUCUUUCAAGCGAAGAGCAUCAAAAAGAGACUAUCAAGUUAACUUGUUCAGAAUCAAGCUAGCAAGUUUUUGGGAUAAUGUGAUCAGUAAAAUUGAUAACAAUGAACUUCCUCAUGAUUUUCACAAAAGGCGGAAAUGGGUGAAUGCUUCUCACUUUUAUCAGCUUUUGGUUGAGCCAUUGGAUAUUGCAGAGUAUUACAGAAGUGGUGAGCACUUGAAGAAAGGACAUUACCUGAGGAAUGGGCGAGAGAGAAGACACGAGCUUUUCUCUAAGUGGUGGAGGGAGAAGUAUAGUGAUGUCGUAGAGGAGAGCAAGAGGAGCAAGUUUGCGAGUUUAACACAAGAUUCGUGUUUUUGGGCACAUGUGGAAGAAGCUAGGGAGUUGGUUGAGAAGGUUAGACAAGAGAAGAACUCAAGCAAUGUGGCUCAGUUAUUGCAGGGUAUUGAUGAAUUCGAAGGAUAUGCAAAAAAGUUGAUAGACAACAAGGAGGUUUCAUCUGAUGUCCUAGCAAAGAAUUCAAGCUACAGCAUUUGGGUAGAGGAGGUUAGAGAAUUGAGAUUACAAAUGCAGCAAUUCCCACAGUUGCCGAGUUUUGUAGAUGCAGAAAUGGUUCCUAGGCAGUAGUCAUAGUUGAUCAAGUAUGGUCUGGCCCAAAACUUUGCUCAUUCGGACCAUAUCAUGGGGUGUGGCGGUGUGGCUGACCCCAAUCACAAUUUUCUGACCACUUUGGUCCUGAUUUCAUCAGAUUCUGACAGACCUUUUUCUGUUAUGACCUGAUUUUUCAGGCCAAUACUUAGCUCUAUAUUAGUGCAAUGUAUAAACAUAAGUAUAUAGAAAGCAAACUUAAUUUCCACUGUGA